AUGCCGAACGAAGGAAUUCAAAGACCAGCGCGCAAGCUGAGCGAGUUCGAGGAGUUUGUCUACGAAUGCUGCGACGGAGUGGGUUCCGGAGAGAAUUGGGAUGUCUGUGCCUCCGACUCGAACCUCCGCUUCGAGUCCGCAACCCGCGGUCCGCCUGCGAAAGUCUCCUUUCUGAUCAACGUGACCCCAGAAAUGAGCAAUGCCCUGGGCACUCUUCAUGGAGGGUGUGCCGCGACGCUCAUCGACACCCUGUCGACGAUUAUCUUGCGAGGUGUCUCGGAGCCAGGGAAAUUCACAAUGGGGGGCGUGAGUCGCAACCUCAACGUCACCUGGCUUCGGCCCGUACCGACAGGAACGGAGAUCAGAGUCGUUUGUGAGGUGAUUCAUGUUGGCAAGCGUCUGGCGCUCCUCCGGGCAGAGAUCCAGAGAGCGAAUACUGGAGAUGUAUGUGUGGUGGGGGAGCAUGGGAAAGCAAACACCGACCCGGAGAUGAACCAGCGAAUUUGA